AUGGCUUUCAUUUCAAAUAAUGGAUUGGAAAACCUAAAAAAAUAUAAAUAUGUAUCAGGAGGAUACUCUUAUUUAGAUAAUAAGAUUAAUCCAUUCUGGAUAUUUAUAAGUGAACUUUAUCCUAUGGUAUAUAUAUUAAUCAAUCAUUUAUAGUGGCUUGCUCCAAAUUUGAUUACAUUUAUUGGAUUUAUAACCAUGAUCUUUGCUUGUUUAUUCCAAGUUUUUGCUGACAUGACAUUGACCCAAUAAAUACCAACUUGGACAUUUUACUUUAUGGCAUUUGCUAUAUUUGCAUAUUAAACUUUAGAUGCAACAGAUGGUAAAUAAGCAAGAAGAACAUCUUCAUCAUCACCAUUGGGUUAAUUGUUUGAUCAUGGUUGUGAUUCAUUUAUUAUGCAAUUUUUCAUUAUUGGAGCUGCAUAGGCAACAUAGAUGGAUAGAGAUACAUUAUUUUAUUUAUAAUUCUUUUGCUAAAUUGGUCUUUGGGCAAUUAACUAAAAAGAGUAUUAUACUGGUGUAUUACAUACUCAUUUAGCUAAUUUUGGUGUGACAGAAUUGGAAUUAGUAGCUAUUUCAGUUUAAUUGGUAUCAUUAUUUAUAUAUAUAUAUCAAUUAGUUUUCUGCAAUUUUUGGAUAGAGUGCUUGGCAUAAUCCAAUAUUAGGAUUCAAUCUAUAUUAAAUAGUUACAUCAACUAUUUUAUUUUCAGCUAUAAUAGCUGAUAUUUUUUUGUUUUUCUCAAAUAUUUUUAAAUCUUAAAAGCCUUUAAGAGUAUUUAGUGAAUGGAUUCCUUUAUUUUUAUUUUGGACAUUAUGUAUAAAAUUAAUAUUAUUUAAAUUAGAAUUUGUUUGGUUUUCAUCCCCCAUUUAUAGUUAGUUUGCUGGACCACUAUUAAUUAAUUUUGGAAUCAUUUUAUCAUCAAUUGUGUGUAAAACAAUUGUUUGUUCUACUACAAAAGUAAUUUAUGUAUUUAUCUUAGGAUUAAACUCCCUUAUUUCAUUUUGAAAUGCUACCCUUUAUUAUUAUCAGUUUACUAACCUAUUUCAUUAAGUUUAGUUUAGAAAAUUUGAAAAUAUUAUUUUGGAUAUAGUUCAUUUUUACAAUUGUCCUAACUCUUUUAUUUGUUAAGAAUGUAAUAAAUUAAAUAACUACAUAUCUUGAGAUAAGUUGUUUUACAAUCAAGAAGAAAUAAUAUUGA